UGCAUCUAUGUAAUCUCUGUUUGUUUGUUUGUAUGUCCGAUCAUAACUCAGGAACCCCUUGACCGAUUUGCCUCAAACUUUGAUCGUGGAACUCGGAUGAACCAUUGGUUACUGGAAUAAUUGCCUUUGUGGUUUUCAAUUCUGUACAAAACAGACUUACACAUUUCUGGGAAAACAACAUUAUCUUUCACAUUAUUGAUCAGGUUAAGGUUUCCAAGGGUGCCAUUGUGAAUAGGACAUGUACCUUUUAAAACGGUUUACAACAACAAUCUCUUUGACUCUUUCUGAUUUGUCAUUUUUUGUUUAGAAAUGUCAUUUUAUUCUAUUAUCAAGUAGCAUAAAUAAUCUAAUACUGUAGUAAAUAGGUAUCAAUCUAUACUCUUCCAACACUCUCUUUACUUAAGUUUCAGAAAUCAGAUGGAUAAAAAAAUGGAAAUCAUUUUCAGUUUUGUCAUUCUAGUAUUUCUGAGUCUGUUGUGCUCCAGCUAUUUUUACACAGAAGCAUCAUUUUUAAACAAAGAAUUCUACAAAGUGGUUUCUCAAUUCCAAAAUGAAACUUUUAUAAAAGGAAGUGAUUUAUUAAAUUGGAUAAAAUCUAUUGAGGAAAUAACAACAAGUCCACCUCCAUAUUGUCCUGUGGAACCCCCUAAUCUUUUUGGGAUGGUCAAGGUUGAUCUUGAAGUAAAUACAGUUGAGGAAGUAUAUUCUACUGAUCUUCUUCCUGGUGGAGAAUACUAUCCGUCCUGUAGAACCAGGCAUUCUGUUGCAAUUAUUAUAGCUUUUAGAGAUAGGUAAUAUUUUUUU